CUGCGGCACGAAGAGCGGGAUAUCAUUUCCGCCCCCUUCUACCUGUGGACUGCCCAACUGCCCCAUGUACUGUAGCCACCCCCAAAGAAAUGACGUGCCGACGGUGUGUCUAAGUGUGGGAUUCUGACCUGCACCACCACGUUCAUACUUUUUCACGUGCACUCUUUAUUGAUCAACAAUGCUUGCUGGACAUUCUCUCUCUGACCACCACCGCACGAUGAAUCUGCCCGCAUUUCGAUGCUAACCAGCUAGUCAGAAGCAAUGUCUGGCCCUUGUGACCUGUACACUUCCUUAGCAUGUCCUCUUCGGCGAUCCUCGCGGCAUCGUCGAUGGCCGGCUCUCUGUCCUCGAGCCUGCUAGCACCUAGUCUCUCUGCCUCGACGAGUGCUGCUGGACAACAUGUCGACCUGGCACCACCUCCGUCUGGCUUUCUCUCUGCCCUUGGAGCUCUGAUAACUUUCAUUCCUGGCGCCCUGUUCUGGACCAUCACCUUUACCACAAUCACCUUACCAACAUGGUUGUUUACUCUGUUCUCAAUGAGUUUGACAUUCACCAUGAAUUUCACUACUUUGCUUCUGAUAGCCCUGGCGAUUGUGUCGACCAUCAGCUGGUUCAUCCGGUACCGGUUCCUCAAUGUCUACACACGUCUCCCAGCGGAACCGCAGAGAAAAGAGGUGCAAAUAGAUCUGUUUCCAGAUGUACAAGGAGGAGAUUCCAAACCGGGCUUGUCAAAUUAUCUUGAUGAAUUCCUCGAGGCAAUCAAGGUGUUUGGGUAUUUGGAGCGGCCAGUGUUUCACGAGUUGACCCGGACAAUGCAGACUAGGAAACUCAUUGCCGGCGAAACGUUAUUGCUCGAGGAAGAGAAGGGGUUCUGUCUGGUCGUGGAUGGGCUUGUGCAGAUAUUCGUGAAGUCCCUGAGGGACACGUCGGAUGGACAGGCCCCUGUAGACUUAUUCGACGAGGACGAGGGAUACCGCGAAGGCAACCAAGGGUACCAGCUGCUCACCGAAGUCAAGAACGGAGCUUCCAUGUCCUCCCUCUUCUCGAUAUUGUCACUUUUUACCGAAGAUGUUAAGUUACGCCACGACGAGCAGCAUCCUGUUGCCUCACGAUUCGCUGGUGCCUUCUCUCGUACUCCUGAUUCCAAUAUCACAAGUCCUGCCACCCAGCCAUCAACGCCAGCCUUCGAUCGUCCAGGCACCGCGAACGGGCACCCUCGACAAAGACUACCCAAUGUCCCGCCGCUGACGCUUGACCAGGCCUAUGAUGACCCAGAUUACAAGACACCCAAAGCGAGACCCAGAGCGGCCUCCUCGGUACAUCCAGACAUCGUCGCCAGGGCUACAGUGGAUACUACAAUAGCUAUAAUCCCAGCGAGUGCGUUUCGCCGUUUGACGAGAGUAUAUCCAAAAGCUACCGCGCACAUAGUUCAGGUGAUCCUGACACGAUUGCACCGGGUCACCUUGUCAACGGCGCAUCAAUAUUUGGGCCUGACUUCAGAGGUCCUGCAAAUCGAGAAGUCUAUGAACAAGUUCACCAGUUUUGAUCUGCCAAAUCACUUACGGGGUUCUGCUCUAGACAGGCUUCGAGACAAGUUCACCAAGGAAAGAGAUCGCAUCGGGCCAGAAGAGCUGACCAAGGGAAUCGCGUUGCAUAAUCCUUCUGCAAACCGACGCAGGUCCUCAAGCAAUCUGCGCCGGGAAGCGGCUAUCGCUGCGGCGCGCGGCACGCCAACUGCCUUGACUCCUGUAUUAACGCCUGCGUUGGCGCCCAAAGUGCUGCGGCCUGGCAUGGGAGACAGGAAUGUUAGUUCAGGUGACCUUCAUGGGACAUCCCGGCCAAGUCAGCGACCAAUGACCCAUAUCCGAUCAACUUCAAACUGGACAGGAAUGGGCGCACCAGAAACGCCGAGGUCGGAAAUAACUAGCCCAAUGGGAAAUCGUGAGCUGCCUUUCUUCUCGCCCUUUGGCCCCGAUAAAACACUUCAUCGCCAGGACUCUAUGAAUGAGGAUGGUUUGUUCCGCGAAUCAGUGCUCGAGUGUAUGGCCAAGGCGCUUGGGCUUAAUGAGGCUGGCAGCCAGUCUUCACGGCGAGGUGCUGCUUCGGUGGAACAAUCGCCACGUCUGGUAUCCUACGACGCAAAGCGACAAACGGCCAUCUUCAACAACGCUUUUGGUUUCAUCGACCCCUAUGAUGACCUCGCUGAUGGCGAUUCGGAGUCUAUGUCUGUCUCCGUGGCCAGUGCUACCGGAGGAUUGCAAGGCCAUUCUCUGAACGACGAACUCAUUGAUGAUGUGGAAAUCGUCUUCUUUCCGAAGGGUUCCGUGCUGGUCGAGCAGGGUGAACGAAAUCCAGGUCUCUACUAUGUUAUCGACGGGUUUUUGGACGUCAGUAUUCCAGUCGAGGAGAAGGAAGAGAAGAAAGAUUCACCAACCUACAAUGGGCGAAAACAUAGUCGAGAAGAGCCAUUCCACCGGCUGCGAAGAACAAAGACAUCGAAUUCUCGAGCUUCUUCGUUACCAGGCGGCCCUGGCAAAGCAAAAGAGUCCAAAAGAAUGGUGGAAAAGUCUUUGUUCUUGGUCAAGCCUGGUGGCGUUGCUGGUUAUGUUGGGACACUGUCUUCCUACAGAUCAUUUACCGAUGUGACAGCCAAGACCGACGUGUAUGUCGGAUUUCUACCACGUGCCGCCCUGGAAAGGGUGGCCGAGAAGUACCCGAUCGUGUUGUUGACGAUGGCUAAACGACUGACUAGCCUGCUCCCACGAUUGAUCCUUCACAUUGAUUUCGCGCUGGAAUGGGUCCAAAUCAAUGCUGGACAAGUCAUACAUCACCAGGGAGAUGACAGUGAUGCGAUCUAUAUCGUACUCAAUGGUCGUCUGAGAGCUGUACGAGAAGGCGAGGGUGGCAAUAUGCGCGUAUCAGGAGAAUAUGGUCAAGGCGAGAGUAUUGGUGAGCUGGAGGUCAUGACAGAUGCAACAAGACCUGCCACUUUGCACGCCAUUCGAGAUACGGAACUUGCCAAAUUCCCGCGAACCUUGUUCAACAGUCUUGCUCAAGAACAUCCCAACAUUACUAUUCAGAUAUCAAAACUGAUAGCACAGCGCAUGAGGGCGCUUGUGGAAGCUCCUUUGACUGAGCAAGCACCGGAUAGAACAAGAACAGCAGUGAGCGAGUCUACCACAUCGAACUAUAACCUGCGGACAGUGGCAGUGUUACCAGUCACAGCUGGAGUGCCAGUCAUUGAGUUCGGAAAUCGAUUACUGGCGGCUAUGAGCCAAGUGGGCGUUCCCAACGGGGUCUCACUGCUGAAUCAAGCGAUAAUCCUCAACCAUCUCGGCCGUCAUGCCUUUAGCCGGAUGGGCCGGCUGAAGUUGUCACAAUAUCUUGCCGACCUCGAGGAGAAAUAUGGCAUGCUGCUCUAUAUUGCCGAUACGAGUGUGAAUGCGCCUUGGACGCAGACGUGUAUUUCACAAGCCGACUGCAUCUUACUGGUAGGCUUAGCAGAAAGCUCGCCCAGCAUUGGCGAGUACGAGCGAUUCCUCCUCGGUAUGAAGACAACGGCUCGAAAGGAGCUUGUGCUUCUUCAUGUGGAUCGAUAUGUCCGGCCUGGACUUACACGACAGUGGCUACGGAACAGGUUGUGGAUAAAUGGAGGUCACCAUCACAUACAAAUGGCCUUCCGUGCCAGUCCCGAAGCUACUCCACAUGCUCAACCCCGACGGUUGGGGUCAGCCAUCAAGCAGAGGGUACAGGUCAUUCAAGCCGAGAUACAGAAAUACACGUCUAGAAGAGUGCGGCAAGCUCCCCUGUACUCGGCAGACACACCUUUCAAAGGUGACUUUCAUCGAAUGGCGCGACGGUUAUGCGGAAAGUCUGUGGGUCUAGUCCUUGGUGGUGGUGGUGCUCGUGGUAUUGCACACGUUGGAGUCAUUCGUGCUCUCGAAGAGGCUGGGAUACCAAUCGACAUCAUCGGCGGCACUUCGAUAGGUGCUCUUAUGGGCGCACUCUACGCCCGCGAUGCGGACAUGGUGCCUAUGUAUGGCCGAGCCAAGCAGUUUGCGGGCAGGAUGGGCAGUAUGUGGCGCUUCGCCCUUGACCUGACGUACCCGUCUGCGUCGUACACGACUGGUCACGAGUUCAAUCGCGGGCUGUUUAAGAUAUUUGGAGAUUCUCAGAUCGAAGACUUUUGGUUGUCUUUCUACUGCAACACCACGAAUAUCAGCAAGUCACGUCCGGAGAUCCACACGUCAGGCUAUGCGUGGCGCUAUGUCCGGGCGAGCAUGUCUCUCGCCGGUUUGAUACCGCCUAUAUGCGAUGAUGGAAGCAUGCUCCUUGACGGCGGAUACAUUGAUAAUCUGACUGUACAGCAUAUGAAGAGUCUUGGAACCGAUCUUGUUUUUGCUGUUGAUGUGGGCAGUCAGGAUGACGACACUCCGCAACAAUAUGGCGAUACGCUUUCGGGCUUCUGGGCGCUUUACAACCGAUGGAAUCCUUUCUCGUCGAUACCGAAUCCGCCCUCGCUCAACGAUAUCCAAGCACGGCUGGCGUACGUGAGUUCGGUUGAUGCUCUGGAGCGGGCAAAGAAUACUCCGGGUUGCGUGUACAUGCGUCCGCCAGUCGACCAUUACGGGACAUUGCAGUUUGGGUCGUGGGAAGAGAUCUAUGAGAACAGCUAUAACUAUGCGAAGGAGUUUUUGUCGAGGUUGAAGAAUGAAGGCAACUUGGACGUGAUUGAUAUGUGGACUGGCUUUAAAGACGAGGAAGGCAAACAGCUUCUCCGAGGACAGGCUCCGAGACGGGCUAGUAUCUAGAUGUUCUGGCGGGAUAAGUGGUCGUGAUGGUCUCAGAAGUGCUUGAAAGGCCCCCUCAUAAAAAGGCGAAAUAUCCAAACCAAAACGAGUAUUAUGAACCAAAAAAACAAAGACUUUUCCUCACAAGCUCCAUUAUGGAGGUUGUAGGUAAGUGAAACCAGCCGUACUGGUUUUUCUCGUUUCUACGAAGGGGGAUUGGGGGAGUUCGAUCCUGGCCUCACCAAAUAGG